AAAAAAUUAGAACCGCUAGGCAGUCGCACAUUGGCCACAGCCAGACGCAGACUCAUAAUAAAAGAAGCAACGCAACAAAAUAUUCGCAGAACUGUGUGGAAGAAACCGCGCGCGCUCUUCUCUCUCGUUUUCUUCUCGCUAUCUUGUUCUUUCGGCCAGCGUUUUUUUAUGAUGUUGACCCACGUUGUAGAUACUUAAGAGCCCAUCAAAGCCCGUGUCUAUGUCUGGCAGGUGUCUCGGCUAAACUCGGUUAACAAAAAAAAUUGUGCAAUAAGUGAAGUUGGUGAUGACUACACUCGUUACACUCAACUACAAAUUCAAGCCAAGUUGACGAGUGUAUAUCAAGUUCAUAACAUUUCUAGUCUCAAAAGAAAAAAAGCAAGCAAUAUUUACACAAAAACGUAGCGAACAGCCAAAUAUUCAACAACAAAAGUGCAUAAAGAAAAAGAAAGAAAAAAAAAACAAACAAAGAAGGCAAAUCAGAGAAAUAAAAGUAUAGAAAAAGUUGCAAAAUAAUUCAAAUAAAAGUUUUGUGUGAGAAAGUUUUGCGCACGUUGCACACAGCAAAACUGCAAGUUGAAUUCGUAAACCUCAAGGAUUUGGCGAGUCAAAUUGGAUUAAAGCGAUUUCAUUUUGGAUAGCUGCAAUAAAAAAAAUUGGAUUAGCUUAAUUGUGAGCAUCGAUUUAUGGAUAGCAAAGCGGCAAUAACAAAUAAGAGUUUCAAAAUCAAAAUUGAAAAAUACCAACUAGAGGUUAAGGCUACUUAAGGAUCAUAAGGAACAACUGCAACUGCGAAAGCAACGGAUUUUCUACCAAAACGGAGGAACAGCGAAAACAAAAACAGAAAAACUAAUUUUAUACCUCACACACACACAACAAACUCCCCAAACACACACACACACACUAAAUUUAAGGCGCAACUGUACAUUGUACUUAAGUGUUCAAAGGAUAUUUAGUUUACUUUUUAUAUUUAGGAGAAAGUAGCUAAAAGCACACAGAGUCGAGUCACAGUCACUAGCAACUAAGUCACGUUCACGGUCAGAGUUACAGUUACAGUCAAGGGGCAACAAGGGGAAGAAAACAAACGGAUAACAAAAUGACGAUGAGUACAAAUAACUGCGAAAGCAUGACGUCAUAUUUCACCAACUCGUAUAUGGGAGCGGAUAUGCACCAUGGCCACUAUCCGGGCAACGGCGUCACCGAUCUCGAUGCACAGCAGAUGCAUCACUACAGCCAGAAUCCAAAUCAGCAGGGCAAUAUGCCCUACCCGCGCUUCCCGCCCUACGAUCGCAUGCCCUACUACAAUGGUCAGGGCAUGGAUCAGCAACAGCAGCAGCAGCAACACCAAGGGUAUUCACGUCCCGAUAGUCCUUCCAGUCAGGUGGGCGGUGUGAUGCCGCAGGCGCAGACAAACGGACAACUGGUGUCAGUUGCCCAACAGCAGCAGCAACAACAAUCCCAGCAGCAACAGUCACAACAGCAGCAGCAGCAGCAACAGGCGGCGCAGCAACAUCAACAGCAGCAGCAGCAGCAACAACAUCCUCAGGUGACGCAACAACAAGUGACACAUCCGCAACAGCAGCAGCAACAACAACAGCAGCCCGUCGUCUAUGCCAGUUGCAAGCUGCAAGCAGCAGUCGGUGGCCUCGGUCUGGUGCAAGAAGGUGGCUCACCGCCGCUGGUGGAUCAAAUGGGUGGACAUCAUAUGAAUGCACAAAUGUCGCUGCCCCAUCACAUGGGACAUCCGCAGGCGCAGUUGGGUUACACUGAUGUUGGCGUUCCCGAUGUAACAGAGGUGCAUCAGAACCAUCACAACAUGGGCAUGUAUGGACAACAGCAGACGGGUGUGCCGCCCGUGGUGGUGUCGCCACCGCAGGGCAUGAUGCAUCCGGGUGCCGGGCAAGGACCGCCGCAGAUGCAUCAGGGACAUCCAGGACAACAUACGCCGCCAUCCCAAAAUCCGAGUUCGCAAUCUUCAGGGAUGCCGUCACCACUGUAUCCCUGGAUGCGAAGUCAGUUUGAGCGCAAACGUGGCCGCCAGACCUACACACGCUAUCAGACGCUGGAGCUGGAGAAGGAGUUCCAUUUCAACCGCUAUUUGACUCGUCGGCGGCGCAUCGAGAUCGCGCAUGCGCUUUGCCUCACCGAGCGCCAGAUCAAGAUCUGGUUCCAGAAUCGACGCAUGAAAUGGAAGAAGGAGAACAAGACGAAGGGCGAGCCGGGCUCCGGUGGCGAAGGCGAUGAAAUAACGCCACCGAAUAGUCCACAGUAGGAGCAGGAAGAGGAAACGCUGCAGGAGUAGUCCAAGUCCAAGUCCACGUCCCAAGUCCCGAGUCCAAAUCCAAAUCCAGCAAACAACACAGCAACAAAAACUAAAUGCAAUUUCAAACUAAAUACAAUUUACAAAAAUAUUCUGAAUUUAUGAAUUUGUUUUGAACUAUCGAAGAGGACUAAAUACUAAAUACGUUGAUGUACACACACAAUACACUACACUAAACUACACUCUACUACAACUUAGUUAAUUGUUAUUAUUUUCAUAUUAUUAUUUAAUUUUUACAAAAUGCAAAUGGAGAAAGCGUAAUAAGUUAAAUAAACGUAAAAAACAAAAACACAAAUACAAUUAAAGCGUAAAACUCAACAAAACCAACUCAUGUGACCUCAGAAUUAAAUAAGCUAUAUGUACAUAUAUAUAUGUGUGUGUAUCCAUGUGUGUGUGUGUGUGCGUCCACACACAUACACAUGUGCAUAUAGACAGAUAUGUGUAUUAAACUAAUGCAUAAUAAUAACUAUAAUAAUACAAUUAAAGUAUAAUAAUAAUAACUAUAUAUAUGAAACAUAUAUACGAGUAAAUACUAUAUACGAUAUAUAUAUAUAUAUACACAAUAUAUAUGUAUACAUGAUAACAUUAGAUCUAUGCGUCCUAAGUGUAAAGCAUACUUUAAUGAUUAAUGUACGAGUACGAUUAAUUUAUACGGUAUAUACAACAACAAACAACACGGCAAAAGCAAAAUGAAGAAGAAAAACGAUAACUACAUAAACCUUAACAUACAAUGCUAUAAUAUAUAUACGUAUAUAUAAUAUGGUUUACUAACUAAAUUGAAUGUUUGUAGCGAAAAGAAAAGAAAAAAAACCAAUUGCUAUACCCAUGCAAUAUGCAGAUUAGCGUGUUUUAUGUUUGCUAGAAAUACAAAAUGGAAUUAAAUGGAGGAGGGGAAAAGUAACGACCACACUACAUAAAAUACAAAUCGAAGCAGAAUACUAGAAACCUAAACCUAAACAAUAAGUGCUAAAUGUCGCAGAAUUAGACAAAAGAGAUACCAAAACCGCUAAGAAAGUGGAUAAACAAAUAAAACAAACACACACACACAUAUAUGAGAUAAACCAAAAGGAUAACAGAAAAGAAAAAAGAGAAGAGAACUCGAGAAGUUCUUUAUAAAUAUUUCGGCUAGCCGAAUUCACAAGAUUCUUCCCAGGCUUUGAAUUUAUAAUAAAAAGGGAUCUAUCAAAGGAAGAACUUCUCGUUUCUUUUCGUAUUACUUAUACAUAUACAUAUAUAUUAUUUCUUGUGCAAUUUUCGUUUGUUUCCAACAUAAAUAUAUAUAUAUUUUUUUUAAUUUUCUCAUUUUUGUAAAAUUACGAAAAAUUGCAAAACACUUGAAUUAGGUCGUAAAUGGAUAUAAAGUAUACCGACAAAAACCAAUUGGCAACAUUAUACAUGAAAAAAUUUAAAGAGUUAAACAAAACCAAAAAACACAAAAAUUAUAUAUUGUUAAUGAAAUGUACACGCUGUUUUGAAAAGAAAAUGAAAAACAAAAAACAAAUACUUAAGAAAAUGAAAUAAUCCAUGUAAAGUAGAAAAAUAAAAAAAAACAAAAAUAAAAAUAAAACAGAAAAUAUACUAUGCAUACUCGUAUAUUCGAAAUGCAUUUCUGAAUGCAGGCGACUCGAUGGGCCGCCUACUCUUAAGCCUAUAAACAACUAUAUUGAAUGUAUGUACGUAACUCAACUCAAUUUCUACAUUUUUCACAAAAACAAAAAAAAAAUACAAAAAAAAAACCAAACACAGACAA